AUGAGAUUGUCUGGUCUACAGCGCCAGGUUCUGGCUUUAUAUCGUCAAUGUUUGAGGGAAAUUAGAAAAAAGCCCGUGCUAAUCACAAAGCCUCAGGGUUCUCAAGCAAAUUUCAAGCGCUAUGCCAGGCAAGAGUUUCAGAAGAAUCGAGACGUGAACAGGAAGGAUUUCGCUACCAUCGAGUACCUCUUACGCAGAGGGCAAAAACAAUUGGAAAUGUAUGCUUCUCCAGGAAUCCGAAAUAUUACCCCGUGA